UCUGGGAAAAUGAAUGGCAGUCUGGCAUGGCUGCUCAUGAUGUUCUUGAGGAAUCUGAUGAGUGAGACUUCUGGUCAAUCACCGCCUCAGGGCUUUAGAUAUGCCUCCUAUGAGGUGACCAUCCCAAGGAAACUGAGCUUCAGAUAUGGCCUAGAGGAAGCCCAGGAUGUCAGCUACCUACUGCAGAUUGAGGGGAAGGGCCAAGUGGUGCAGCUCAGGCAGAAGACGGGCCUUGUCCCUAAGCACUUUCCUGUCUUCACGUACAAUAAACAGGGGGACCUCCAGGUUGACUAUCCUUUCAUCAGGGAUGAUUGUUUCUACAGUGGUUUUGUACAGGGCAAGCCUCACUCUUUGGUCACUCUCAGCACUUGCUCAGGAGGACUCAGGGGUCUGUUGCAAUUAAAAAAUGAGACCUAUGAAAUUGAACCUGUUCAGGCAUCUGCUACCUUUCAACAUGUGGUGUAUCGCCUAGAUGUAGAGGAGGGUGCCAUCCGCCAGAAGUGUGGGUUGACGGAGGAAGAGCAAAGUCAUCAAGAAGCCAUGAUCCAGAACACAGAGCAUGCAGGGAUCAAAAGUGCCCCAGCAGGACGCUGGUGGCCACACACGAGAUACGCAAAGGUGGCAAUUGUGGUGGAACAUGAACGAUAUGUUAAGUUUAACAGAAAUGAAAGUGAUAUUGCUGUGAAAGUUCUUGAGAUGUUCCAUACUGUAAACUCAUAUUUUGAGCCAUUAUCUAUUCAGGUGUCUCUCGCGGGACUGGAGAUAUGGUCAGAAAGGAAUCCCAUAGAAAUUAGCAACGACAUAGGGGACGUACUUUGGGAUUUUAAUAAAUGGAGACAGAACAAUCUACUUAAACAUCUGAAGAAUGAUGCUGCUCACUUAUUAGUAUACAAAGGUUUUAGAGGGAUUAUUGGAAUAGCAUACUUAUCACAAAUUUGUAGCGACAGUUUUGGAAGUGCUGUUGAUUCAUUAAGAACUUUCAGGUUGUACCAUUUUUCUGAGCUAUUUGCUCAUGAAUUAGGACAUAAUCUUGGUAUGAACCAUGAUGGGUUAUACUGUAAAUGUGAUCGACAAGCCUGCAUUAUGUCUGUCUCAGCUUUACUCACUGAUAAGUUUAGCAACUGCAGUUAUCAAGAUUAUUUCAGACUAAGGAACCGUCCUUGCUUGUUUGUUCCACCAGAUCCUGAUAAAAUGUACCAACUCAAGAAAUGUGGGAACAAAGUAGUAGAAAAUGGAGAGCAAUGUGACUGUGGUUCAGUUACUGAAUGUCAUUUGGAUCCAUGUUGCAAAUCCAAUUGCAUGUUGCAUCCAUGUGCCAAUUGUGCUUUGGGACCAUGCUGUGACAAGUGUCGGUACCGUCCAGCUGGAUCCCUUUGCAGAAAGAAAAUUAGUGUCUGUGAUCUUCCUGAAUACUGCAAUGGGACUUCUGAGUGGUGUCCUGAAGAUACCUAUGUACAAGAUGGUGCCCCAUGCAGUGAUGGUGCUUAUUGCUAUCACGGGCAUUGUACCACCCACAACAGGCAGUGUAAAAUGAUAUUUGGCAAGAAAGCAACAGUUGCUUCAGAGAAUUGUUUCAGAGUGUUGAAUAUUAAAGGUGAUCGCUUUGGCAACUGUGGCCUUAGACAUGGUACUUUUAAGAAAUGCAGUGCUGAGAAUGUUCUAUGUGGCCGAAUCCAGUGUGAUAAUAUUAAUAAAUUAUCCUCUUUGGAGGAACACAGCACCAUCAUUCAGUCGACCAUUGGUGACACUCAAUGCUGGAGUACAGACUACCACAGUGGAAUGGGGACAGCUGAUAUUGGAGCAGUGAGAGAUGGAACUCCUUGUGGCAGUGACAUGAUGUGUGUUCAUGGGGAAUGCCAGAGAGUGUCUCUCUUGAAGUAUGAUUGCAAUGUCACAAAGUGCCAUCAUCGGGGGAUAUGCAACAGCUACAAACACUGUCAUUGCGAUUAUGGCUGGGCCCCUCCUGACUGCCUAAAGAAAGGUUAUGGUGGCAGCAUUGACAGUGGGCAACCAAAAGAAAGGAGUGAUAUCAUUGGAGGAAGUAUUUUAGGAAGUGUAUUCAUCCUUGCUGCUGCUGCUGUUGGUGUUGGCUUGGGUGUUUAUUACAGGAUUAUGCGAGAUAACACUUAG